GUGAAUUUUAGUUUGUACAAAGUCUGACUACGUAGCCAAAAAACAUCACUCUUCAGGCACUCCUAAAAAUAUCAACCUUGGGGAUGUCCAAUCCAUGUUUUCUCCAUUUCAGCACAUGCCUGGACCAUGGCCUGUGCACAGCCGACAGCAAAGGGCAAAAUCACGCACAGCACAGGCAGCUGUGGACGAUAUUUGAGGGAACUACAGUGAAAACACAAACACACCCUUUCAGGGAACCCAUCAGCCCAGAGACCUGAGCCCCGCGGGGUAUCCGGGCUGUUGCUCCGCCAGGAGGGAGUGAGGGUCAGUCCUGUUGGUCGCUCCGGUCCCUUCCGCAGUUGCCACCAAAACCUCUUCACUUCAGAACCGGCCCCACGUCCGGUUCUGUCCCUGAGGCGCAGCCCGAACCGCACCCGCGCGCCCCGACCGGGCGCAAAAUGGCGGACACGGCUGCACCCCGCGGCCAUCUUGGCGCCGGGACUGCAUGUCCCAGGCGGCGCCGCGGCGCGAGGGGCCGCCCGCCCGCCAUCUUAGCGCUCCCUCCCCCGGUGCGGCGGGAUUGAAUGAGUCGCUGCCCGCCCGCCCGCCAGCCCAGCGCCAUGUCAGGCACUCCGAGCCGCGGCACCCCCGGCGGGACCCCGCUGUCGCCGACCCGCAUCUCCCGGCUGCAGGAGAAGGAGGAACUGCGGCAGCUCAAUGACCGUCUGGCUGUUUACAUUGACCGUGUACGGGCACUGGAGCUGGAGAACGACCGUCUGCUGCUGAAGAUAUCGGAGAAGGAGGAGGUCACCACCCGGGAGGUGAGUGGAAUCAAGAGUCUCUAUGAGUCUGAACUGGCUGAUGCUCGAAGAGUUCUGGAUGAAACUGCCAAAGAGAGGGCUAGAUUACAAAUUGAAAUAGGAAAACUGAGAGCUGAACUUGAAGAGUUCAAUAAAAGCUACAAGAAGAAAGAUGCAGAUUUGUCUGUGGCUCAGGGUCGUAUCAAGGAUCUGGAAGUUCUCUUCCAUAGAAGUGAGGCAGAGCUCAAUACUGUCCUGAAUGAGAAACGCAGUCUGGAAGCAGAAGUGGCUGAUCUGCGUGCCCAGCUUGCUAAGGCUGAAGAUGGUCAUGCUGUGGCAAAGAAGCAGUUGGAGAAGGAGACACUCAUGCGUGUGGACCUGGAAAAUCGGUGCCAGAGUUUGCAAGAGGAUCUGGAUUUCAGGAAGAAUGUAUUUGAGGAGGAAAUAAGGGAAACAAGAAAACGACAUGAACAUCGUUUGAUUGAGGUGGACACAAGCCGCCAACAGGAGUAUGAAUCCAAAAUGACUCAGGCCCUGGAGGAUCUGCGAAAUCAACAUGAUGAACAAGUCAAACUGUAUAAGAUGGAGCUGGAGCAGACAUAUCAGGCUAAGCUGGAGAAUGCCAAAUUGUCCUCUGACCAAAAUGACAAAGCUGCUGGUGCAGCUCGAGAGGAGCUGAAGGAGGCUCGCAUGAGGAUAGAAGCUCUCAGCUACCAGCUUUCUGGUCUUCAGAAACAGGCCAGUGCAGCAGAAGAUCGCAUUCGGGAACUGGAGGAAAUGAUGGCUGGUGAGCGGGAGAAGUUUAGGAAGAUGCUGGAUGCAAAGGAGAGGGAAAUGACAGACAUGAGGGACCAGAUGCAGCUUCAGCUUACAGAGUACCAAGAACUACUUGAUGUUAAAUUAGCACUGGACAUGGAGAUCAGUGCUUACCGAAAACUCCUGGAAGGAGAAGAGGAAAGGUUGAAGCUCUCUCCAAGUCCCUCCUCCCGUGUCACAGUCUCUCGGGCUACCUCCAGCAGCAGCAGCAGCAGCACUUCACUUGUUCGCUCUUCCCGAGGCAAGAGAAAACGUAUUGAAGCAGAGGAGCUUUCCGGCAGUGGAACUAGUGGGAUCGGCACUGGAAGUAUCAGUGGCAGCAGCAGUAGCAGUAGCUUUCAAAUGUCCCAGCAAGCUUCAGCUACAGGAAGUAUCAGCAUAGAAGAGAUAGACCUGGAGGGCAAGUAUGUUCAGCUUAAGAACAACUCAGAGAAGGAUCAGUCUUUGGGUAACUGGAGACUGAAAAGACAAAUUGGAGAUGGAGAUGAAAUUGCUUACAAAUUUACUCCUAAGUAUGUCCUCAGAGCUGGGCAGACUGUUACAAUCUGGGGUGCAGAUGCAGGUGUAUCUCACAGCCCCCCUUCUGUUCUCGUGUGGAAGAAUCAAGGCAGCUGGGGCACUGGUGGAAAUAUCCGCACUUACCUCGUCAACUCUGAAGGAGAGGAAGUUGCAGUGAGAAGCGUUACUAAAUCAGUAGUUGUGCGAGAGAAUGAAGAGGAAGAAGAUGAAGCAGAAUAUGGAGAGGAAGACCUUUUCAACCAACAGGGUGAUCCCAGAACAACCUCUAGAGGAUGCUCAGUGAUGUGAAGAAAGAAGAAAGAAACUAUUAUUUACGCUUUCCCCCCUUCAUUUAUUUCCUUUUAUUUUUGCUAUUUUUUCCUUCCAGAGCCACUGAAAACUAUUUUUAUAUGCAUCACCUGAUUUCUUUGACGUUUACUCCUUGGUACAUUUUUAUAAAAAAAAUUCAAAAAAACUUUACUGAACAAAACUGCCAGGAUUUUUAAUAGAUUUCUUUAUUUUUCCCUCUUUGUUGAAAUACUGUAUUGGAAUACAAUAUUUUUCCCCAUACAGAAUUUAAAGUCUUACAUAGAAACCUAAAGCAGAAAAGAGAUUUUUAGCUAAAAUGAGAUGAGACUCCUUGAGUGUAUGGUAAAUCUAUAAUUACAUAUAUAACCAGUAUAAUACCUCCAGAAAAAAAGGUUUAAUGAAGUGUGUUCACUUACAGGGCCCUGGGAGAGAUUCAAAGAGUGUUUCCUCAACAGUUGUAGAAAAGCUAGUAUUUUGCCUGGUAACCUCAGCAAUUCCCAUCUUAGGAAAAUUAGACCAUAGAUUCAUUCAAAGUGCUGCUCCACAAUUGCAGUGACGGGGGGAAGCUUCAUUUUAAGCAUUUUUGACUCAGGACCUUGCCAUUGUGUCUUUCUCCAAGAUUUGACAGCCUAAUGGUAAAACAUCUGGGUCUGUCACACCUGAGCUCCAUGUCAUCAUUUCAUAAGGUGAAUGGUGGGUUCUGCUUCCUGAAUAUACACACCAUCCCAAGUUGGAAGUGUCAAACCCAAAGGUCAAACUGUUUGAUUUUUAGGGGAUUUUGCCAUUGUCACAAGUUAAAUCAUGGACACAAAUUGUGAUAUUCAGUAUUUAUAAUUUAAUCCUUUUGACAUAUUCAGCUUUAAAAAUAUUUGAUUAAGAUUUUAGAAGUAAAAGGUAUUUAUACUUUUGGCAGUGAUACAUAUUGGGGAUUUUAAAGGUUAUCCAGUAUAAAUGUUGACCUUUUUAAUCAGAGCUAGAAAUAGCUUGUUCAUACUUCUGUUAGGUUCAAAGGGGCAUUGUUGGGUAUCCCAGGGAGCAAUAUUUGCAAAAUAGAGCAGAAAUAGUUGAAUGACUUUAAACAGUUCAGAGGAACUGCCUCUGUCAAGGAUGUAAGCAACGCAGUGUUCAAGUGCUCAAGGCAAAGUCUAACAAGGAGUGAAGGGAGAAUAAUGUUUUUUAUAAAAAAUGCAUUAUAUGGGUAGCAGGUGAUUUCUAUUUUAAGAGGAUGCAUUUUUUAUCUGAUAGUGUCCAUUUAGCUAAAGGUUUCUGACGUUGCAUUUCUCUGGAGAUAACUGAGUCCCAUAAGAGUUAGUGUUCAUCUUUAAGCAUAAGGAAAAAUACUUGACUGCUCCAAAGAAUGCAGAUGUUAUUUCAACUACUAGUUGAAAAACAAACUUAGUAGUUUGGAUACAAAAUUUGGACACCAUUUGAUUUCAGCAUAGAAUCCUGUUGUUACCUUCACUCUCGGACUCUGAUCAUGUCAUUCAAAAUGUUAAAACUCAUCAGACAAGUGACAAGGUUUGGAUGUUUUCGGUGGCUUUCGGACAUUAUGUUCUCUGAACAGUAUCGUGACUGACAGAUAUAACCCAGAAAGUCGGUUUUGUGGCUCGGAUUGAUGGCUUUGUUAUGCAAGCAGGGUGGGAACAAAUGGGGCUUUAAGCUUCAGGAUUUAUUUUGUCGUUUAAAAAUAAAGAUGCUACUUUUCUCUCCUUGAGUGGGAUAACUGAGUUGCUGAAGUUAAGCUAAUAGACAUUUAGAAUUAUGUUUUAAUCCAUUAUCAGAAGACCCAUUACAAAAAAAAAAAAAAAAAAAACAGGAUAAAGAUUUGGCUGUUUGGGCUGAUGAGAUAACUGAAUUUAUGUAUUUGGCCAUCUUUCUAAUGUAAUUUUCCCACUCUGCUUGUGUAGAAGGUUAAAUAUGUAGUAAAUCAUGUCUCUCUCUCUGUAAGAUGUAUCUAGUGAAAUUAUGUUUCUCAGACAUACUGUUACAAUUACCUUUUCUAAAUUCAUUGUUAUGCAAAUGAAUGCAAUCAAUGUAAAGUUUUUUUUGCAAUACACCUUCCAACCACUGGACACUAUUUCCCUUUUCUGACCCACAGCUUCUGUAAGAUACUGACAUAGUGUUUGAGGGCUUUUUUGCUUUUUCCCUACAGAUCUAUAUAUAUAUUUUUUUUACAUGGGCCAGUUUUCAGACUGCUUAUUCCUUUAAGAUUGUCCUGUAAAUUUAAGAUUAUUUUGUGAUCUUAAAUACUAAAGUAAUGAAUGUGUAGUUAAUUUACACUUUUUUUCUGUGGUUUUUGGUUUGUUUUCUGUAAAGAAUGGCCUCAGAAAGGCAGCUCAAAUGAAGAAAAACCUCUUGCUACCUGAGCCAUAGUUUUCCUAACAGCUACUGUAUGAGGAAUAUGUCUUCUUGUAGCCUUAAGAACUGGUGCUUGCAGAUUUCUUGUAAUGAGCACUGUGCCCUUGAGUAACAGUCUGCAGAGUAUGUCCUUAGAAUUGGAACUGUGACAUUUAACUUUGGAAGCAGUUUAUUUGAUUCUUUGGGACCAUGCAGGUCAAAUAAACCUGUGAUUGACACUGUGGGAAAAGCCCAGUCUGAAUGUGGAUGAUUCUGUUACCACAGUGCUUUUUAAUAGGCUACUACAAAUAUGAUAAAUAACUUUUGGCUGUAAAUUACAAGCCACAGAAGAACUACUGUAUACCAUGUACUUUGGUUUUUGUGUUGCCUUCUCCAGACACCAUCCCGGCCUCUUGCUUUUGAUGCUGAGCUUCAGUCUAACAGCGCUGUUCCAGCCAGACGGGGAGGCAGUUUUGUGGCUUUACCAACCCAAAAAGCAUUGUUUCUUUUUUUUUUUUUUUUCUAUCUUUCCAAGAAUUUUUUCCAUUUUCAGGAUAUUUAAAGUUUUUUGUUCAAAUAAAAUCCAGCCUCUCCUUGUCCCCUUCUUCUCUUUGAUCCUGUAUAUGAACCAGUCUUGAUGAAAUUAGAAGUGUGGACAGCAGUUCUACUUCAGUGCUGGUACCUGGCAUAAAGCUUGAAGGAAAAAUAGAUUUGACUUGCCUGGAGAAAAAUUAUUUUAAGGUAUCACUGAUAAGGGAAAUUAAGCUUUUAUCAGAGCAGUUACUUGAGCAUAACUAUCCAUAUGGAUGUUCUUAAUCCAGAAUUUAUUCUGAAUGAAAUAGUAAAUAGAUUUUCCUAUGUGUAGCUCAUAACAGAAUAUCAUAUAAAAUACAGUAAGCACAUCCUGCCUCCUCCUAAGCUCAUGCCACAUGAAAACACUUGUCUCAGAACAAGUCCCAUCCACCUGCAGACCUGUCAGGAAUGUGAUACCGUCUGGAGUGAGGUGUGGCCUCAGAGUCCCUGGCAUUUCAUGCCAUUUUUUUCUCCCUUGCUUCUGCAUUUGUUCCUUUAACUGUUGCAUUGCAGUGACAUACUCCAAGGAGUGGAGUGGCUGGGGUUCCCUUGUUCCUGCACAUCCAUAUUUCCCAUGAUUCCUUUGCUGCUCCACAGCAGCAAAGGAAUUUCCUGUUCCAUUUGUUGCUUCACAGCUCUAUUGCCCAGCAGGUCUCUUUAUGCCUACACGGGGCUCCAGCUUGGCUCUAACAGAACCCAUCAUUUGCACUGACAUGUUGCUUACUUACCUUCAGCUCUGUGUUACCAUUAGAUGGGCAGUUGGCUGCACAGUCUGUGUUUGUAGCAGGAACCAAAAGUCUCACGAAGAAUAUAAAUAUUUGCUUCCUGUGAUGUAACAGCCAGCUGAGUAUGUGUGCAGGCUGGCAGUAGUGUGGGAAUUGUACUGCAGUGUGAAAGGAGAUCACUAUGUGGUGUCUGUCCUUGAGCAAUGGGACACUUCAUGUUCAGUUCAGGGAUCUUACUGGACCUUAUACACCCUUUUUCUUUGUUAUGCUUAUCCUGUAUAAAGGCCCUUUAACUGCAACCUUAACAGAGGUUGCAGGUUAGAAGAGACCUGUAAAAAUCCUCUCUGCACCCCAGGACCUUGGAGAAUCUGUUACCUUUAUGUGCAUCAGAAAGGUUUUGAUGCUGCAGGAAAACAUGCAUGCUGUAUGUUCUAGAUCUCUUGUAGCCACUUCUCUCAUGUAUUCACUGUUGAACCAUUCUAUCUCUUCUUUCUGUAUCUUCUUUUGAAAGUCUUAUCUCUAAACAAAGGCAUAUCCAUAUUUGAUCCUGCAUUUUAUUGACACUGUUGGGUCCAAACUGUGUAAGCAAAGCCUUGUGAACCAGUGAGCGGAAGGUGAGAUAGUGAUUGCAUUUUUUAAAGCACUGUUUUAGCUGAAUGUCAGGACAAAUUAUCUUGGAGAUUGUUUUCUCAUAUAGGCCUGGGAAACAGAAUUUUUAUUUGCCCUUCAAUAUGCUUAGCUUUAAACCAGUUUAAAAUUAUUUAAAGGUGUUUGUUGGGUUUUUUUUAUACAAGACCAUAUUUACACGCAAUUAUUAUUUGUAAACAUAAUUCUUUUCUUGAAAUGCUAAGGUCUAGAGUGAAAAAGAUGCAAAGAAUCAUCAUUCUGAUGAUUCCAUUCAGAAUAGCACAAGUAAUGAAUUGACUUGGAGUUCCAGAAAAGAUGUUGUUUAUUGAACUUCCAGAUUUUCUAGUUAGCUGCUACUGAAGUGACAAGUCCAUCUUGGUAAGGCAGAUGUUACUGUAUAUUCAGCUACCCAGAUCAUUACACUAAAAUUACAAGCAAUAAUCUAUUUUGAGCAAGUUUAAGCCAAAAUGCUUUCCAUUUGGGCACAAAAUACAGUUGAUAUCUUAUUUUCAUAGCAGUGAUGCCUUGUGACUUGAAUUUUGAUUUUUAUUUUUAAAAUUUUUUAAACAAAAAUUUGAUUUAGACAGGUCUGGCUUGAGGGCACUGUAGUAACCACCUCCAGUCAGCUGCUGCAGAUGAGUUUUUGGAAGGUUCAAGUUUUUUAAAUGGGGAAUUAUGAAAAAGGCUGUUAAAAGAAACACAAAGACAAAACAAUGAAAAUGUUCACUUGAAACUUAGAAAAACUACAUCAUGACCUAGACUUUACCAUUUCAAAGUGGUUUGGUUUUUUUUCUUUUUAGACUAUGCAUGCCAAAUGUCUUGUCUUUUUCAAUGAUUUGUAAUAUACAUUUUAUGACUGGAAACUUUUUGUACAACACACUCGAAUAAAUGUUUUGCAUUUUA